AUGAAGGACAACAACCCCUUUUCAGAGUCAACAUUUAGGAACUUUGUUGACCAUUCAACAAAGGAACCAUACAUAGACCAUGACCAUGACCAAGAGUUUAGCAAACUUGGUUAUCUUGUGUUUCGUUCAUUUGUACAACCAGACGAUGAUAAAUUCUCUGAAAGGCCCGAACGAAAGCUUUCACUGGGUAAAGCGAAUUUGGACAGGUAUCUAGAUCAUCCCAAUUAUCCUUACGAUCCAGCUUUAAUGCAGCACAAUGCUGGUCCUCGGUUGAACACACGAUCACUGCGAGCAAAAAACAAUCAUUUGAGAAAGCAACCCGCCGUGAAACCUAGACUUAUCAUCGAAGAUAGAGGGUUUAGGAGCAGGCCUAACCAGAUAAAUAUACCUGGAGGAAACGUUUCUAUGCCGGGGUAUGAUAGAAUUGAUCAAUUAGAUACAUCUAAUUCGUAUCUUGGUGAUUUUGGCGUUCAUCAUGAUGGCCCGUUCGAACCAUGUUGCAAGCACCGAAAUUUGGAUAUUAGUACCAGUCCAGUCGCUGCUUUUUCGGAAAACAGUGAAGCUAACAGCUUAAGUGCUCUCAUUCCAAAAGAUAAAUCCGAAGAAGAUUUGGCUUCGGAAAACGUUGUAUGGGAAGGGGCCAAUAAUAAUACCUACGGUUCACCAUCUUAUGUUGAGCAAGAUAGCUCACAUUCUAAUAAUCAAGAGAGCGAAUCCUUGUUGAGUAACAAUGAUGGCAGACAGCAAUCAGAAAACCAUUUGCAACGAAAAGCUUCAUUUUUGGACCGUUUGCGACACAACUGUAAGAAAAAGUUAUCCAGCGGCGGUACAAAGUAA